UCUCGCCGCAGUUUACAUUGCAGCCCGUGGUGCGGCCACCAAUACACCCACCCCGCAGACAAAAGCCUCAACGGAUCGGCCCCAUGCCAUGUAAGCUAGGGCUCUUGCUGCAUGCACUGGGCCUCACGUCAAAGUUGUCACAAUCCCGCUUCCUCCUUUGAUCUGAUGGCUGGCGCUUUCCCGUUCACAUCACACGUGACUUCCAACAAUCAGCUCGAACACUUUGUCGUCAGUGAUCUUUCAUGAGACAUACACAGCGAACUUUCCCUUGACGAGGAUGGUCAGCUGAACGUGUAACCGGAAAAAUCACCGCAUUUUCUCACGCUAGUAGAGAAAAAAGUUUCCGAAGACAGCAAGACUCGAACAAAACUCAACGCCAAACUUCUGCUCAUUAUUCGGCAUCCGACCAUCAAACAGUCGGUCACUCAUCUCAAGAAAACUGCAUCUGUUCCACUUUCGGCGUCGCCUUUUCACCCAUCAGUCCACCUUCAAUCUACCUCAAACUCCUCUCUAUAUACUUGAAGGCCUGCACCUUUUUACGACCUCAUUGAAUAAGCUGUCCACAGAUAAGGAAUCGGCAUCACUGGGCAUAAACGUUAAAUUUCUCAGAAAAGAGGAACUUCGCUGGCUGAAGCAAGUUUGUGAAAAAAUAACAUCACCGGUUGAUCAUCGGCGGCUACGCACGGUGGUUGGUCUGCGAGGCGUGGGGUUUGAUCAACUUUGCUCCUUGAGUUUUCCCAUCAAUCGACCCGGCUGGUAUUGACAUCGCAUACACACAUCAACCUCCGCACAAUGAUGUUCUCAAGACACUUCAUCCUCAUUCUGCUCCUCAACCUCAUCUUCGUUACCUCAGCCAGACAGGUGGACCUACCAGCCGAAGAGACGGGCACCCCGGACGGCUCCAACGAGUACGUGUUGGAUCUCAACAAGCUGGACGGGGACCCAGACAACCUGAUGGCCCAGAUCAAGCACCUGGCCUCGGCGCUUCACACCUGCGGCUUCAGUGGCGACAUGCAGCAGAUGAGGCUGGUUGAGCUGGCCAAUCGCUCUGUCACGUGCAAUGAUGGGUCGCCGGCAGGAUACUAUUUCAGGCAAUCUCAGGGAAGCAGAAAGUGGCUGAUAUUUCUUGAGGGAGGCUGGCAUUGUUUCGAUCGAGACAGCUGUCACAACAGAUGGUUGUCAUCCAGCAGGCUCAUGAGCUCCAGAACGUGGCUCCAAACAAAAACAGGAACUGGAAUCCUAUCUCCGGAUCCGGAGGAAAAUCCUGUCUUCUGGAAGUCCAAUGUCGUGUAUGUCCCUUAUUGCUCGAGUGAUGUGUGGAGUGGGACUGCAUCAGCUUCAGAAACAGGUGGUUAUGCCUUUAUGGGAAGUCUCAUACUGAACGAAGUGUUUCGAGAACUCCUUGGUGUUGGGUUGAUGGAUGCUAGACAGGUUGUCUUUGCUGGAAGCAGUGCUGGUGGUACGGGAGUUCUUCUCAACCUGGACCGAAUGGCAGCCUUGUUAGCUGAGGCAGGGAGUACCGCCCAAAUCCUCGGCCUCAUUGACUCUGGGUGGUUCUUGGAUCAAGAGCACCAGACACCAGGAGCAGAAUGCAACGAUGCCUUGUACUGUGAUCCAGCACUGGCUUUGCAGCUAGGAACAGAGUUGUGGAGGAGUGUGGCUCCCACAAGUUGCACUGACAUGUACGGUGAAGAGCAAAUGUGGAAAUGUUUUUUUGGAUUCCGGAUCCAUGAAACAUUACAAACCCCAGUUUUCAUCUUCCAGUGGUUGUAUGAUGAAGCUCAGUUAACAGUGGGUAUGUCGGAGCCUCCCAUCCAGAUUGAACACUGGAACUUCAUGCAGAAGACGGGCAGAGACAUGAGAGCAUCGCUUCGUAAUGCAUCUGCAGUUUUUGCUCCAGCCUGCUAUGCUCACAUGGUCCUUACAAAAAGUGACUGGACUAAUAUCCAAGUAAGGAACGUGGGCCUCCACAAAGCCCUCAAAUGCUGGCUCAAGAGAAACGAACCAGAACUGCCUGAUUUGACAAGGGAAGAGUGGGGCCCCCUCUUUAGCUCCUCACGAGAAACGAUAAACCCUGAGGAGUUUGGGAGCGGGUGGCUGGUGACAACCGCAUCACCUCCGACAACUGUAGGGGAUGAUGAAGACGAUGAUGAGGAUAGUGGAGGAGGUGGCUGGUGGGCAUGGAAACGAAGUGCAGCCACCACGGAAAGAAGAGUAAAGAAGAACAAGAGACGAAAUAGCCGCAGGAACAGCCCAGCGUUGGACAGAGAGAUGCAGGGUGAUGACCCAUGGGCUGCAGCCAAGCGAUCCACCACUCGCACCAAGAAAAAGUGCCAACAACGGCUGCUGGACCAUGCAACGUGUCCUCACUGUAACCCACACUGCCCUAAGAUGACCAACCCAUUCACAGGGGAGGACAUGGAGUUUCUCUCUUUCAUGCGCCUGUUUGGUCUCGAUCUCAGCGUACUGGCUGAGCAGAUGGGCUUAGAUGAGAGGGCACUGUCGAUGGUGGAACCAGCUGUAGCUAUGAAAAUACUGGCAGAAAGAGCACGUACCCGUGACUAGGAGAAAGCCAUCACUUUAACAUGGACAACUCCUUAGUUUAGUAACAAUUACUUUUAACUUUAAAGCUGCAAAAUUCUGGUGGACCAAACUUAUCUCAGACUCUUUAUAUAAACCUGUGAAAUGUACCAAGAACCACUCCUCUGUGAAAAUUAUGUACAAAUCAUAUUCACCAGCCCUGGCAAGCAAGACACGCACAGUAGACAGGAUAUCAAUAGGCAAAGAUGAGAACACACAAUCAAAUGAACAAAGGGUGGAAAUUCAUAUUUUUAAAUGAACCAAGACAUUAAAUAUCAAUAUAAUAUUAAUGCUGCAGUUUAGUCAGUUACCUACUAAGCAACUAGCAGCACACAUAUAGCAUAAGUUGUAUUUACAUCCCGAGAUAUUUCUCAAUAAAAGGUAGUCUACAGGAACAUGUAUUAAUGGGGUAAAAAUUUAUUUCUGAUCAUCAUCAUUUCUACCUAAAAUGAAUGUUCACAAAACUUGAAACUGGUCACAAUUUCAGGAUUCAGGAUUUCUGGUCACAAGUUAAAACUUGCGACUUGCACUAUGAGCCAGUGUUUCAGCCAUAUUCUAAACAGCCAAGGUCCUUUGGGAACAAAGCGCACGCCAGUCAGCGUACGGCUGCACUUAUGGGCCAGAAUAUCGCGCACGUGCAAAGCUGUUCCCGAAUAGCCUCACAUUGGGUAUGCGUUGUUGGAAUACCAAACUGGGUCAUUAAUUGAACCAAUUAAUAUUUAUCUGUGUCAGUCGGUAGGUCAUCCUGUAGUCAAUUAUCAACAUAAAUUACAGGAUUAAUUGACUUUGAGAGUUUGAUAUUUGAGGAGAGCAGCAAAGUAACCAAGUUUGAACCGCAUCAGAAUCUUUUUCUUUUUACUAAUUUAUGAGUAAAAAAGACAGCAUGGGUUCAAGCUGUGGUUGAGCUUUUUAGAGAAAUAUUACAAUGGAAAGCCUCAGUAUAAAUUAAAAUUUAGUAAAGGUAAGUAAAUAAAAAUAGGACUGUUUAAUCGCUUUUAAUAAUUACUAUUUUGAAGUUGAAUUUAUAGUUCAAUUUGUAUAUAAAUAUUUUUAUUUUAGUGUUGUGAAUUUUUUUUUGAGCAGAAUGUUGUGGAGCAUUCUUACCCAUUUUUAUUUGUGGGCCAAUUUUGAAUUUUUGACCUUUUAAACAAUGACCUUGAUGAAUGGUAAAUCAGGCAAAGCUUCAACAAAUAAUGAGUUAAAGGAAACAGGAAAUAGAAAUAUUUUUUAUAAAUUUUACAGAAACCCUUGAAAUUGCAUCUUUGGGUUUCAAUUAACCUUAUUUCAAAUUUUUGUUUGCAAUUUUAUCCAACAUUUUGAUGCUUUCUUGGUUUUAUGCUAAUGCAUAUUUGCAUAUUGAUGAGCAGAACUAUGAUGUCAUCCAAGGCACUGAAUCUCAAUGUUG